GCUCGACUUCCGCCUGCGCCCAUCCUACCGACCAUCCACCACCUCGCAGCGUGGCAAGGCGACGCCAUUCAUCUUGUUCUACUUUCCUUGUUGUCCAGGCCUUUUGUUUCAUAACUUCGUUGCUGAUAGUUUUCAAGUCUUUUUUCGCGGCGCCCGCCGCCAAUUCUACCCUCAACAUGGCCCUACAGGUUCCGCUAUCUCAACUUUCUAGCCUGUCCGCUAUUGCUCCAGACGUCUUCACCACGCUUCCUUCGCUCAUUACCUCUCCGUUGCAGACCCUCCGCCGUCAUCGCCUCGCCAGACUGCGCGCAGAAGGAAACGUCCCGACGGUGCGGGAAGUACACUCGGCAUCAAGCAAGAGAGCAACAGAGACGACUGUAAGUGAUGCAGCCUUGGUGAAAGACUUCGGCACCCCUGACAGUGGACAGGCAUCGUCAAGGACCGUCCUUCCUGAUUUCAUGGCGACUGCCACAGCCAACAGCCUGAUAUCCUCGCCACUCCAUACGCAUUCUCGUCAAUCGCUUCCCUGGAUGUCGCAAAGCCUGCGCGCCGUCAUGAUGCCACACCAGACUUCCUUGUCAUCUCUUCGGAGAGCCUUUUCCACGAGUGUGCCGCGAGCUACGGCUUCAAGAACUCCUACGCCAUCGAAUGCUGUUGCACAUCCACGUAUGCAAUCGACAAUGACAUCGCUCCUGUUCGGGCCUCCACGCAAAGGAGGCUCCGGGUCCAAGAUAUCAUAUAGAAAGUUCUCCACCACCUUCCAGCCUGCGAAUCAGAAUAUGCUGGCCCACGCCGAAAGAACCGCCAACAACAAUCCUACCAGCGCUACCGCCCAGACCGCUUUCUAUUCUGCCCUACUACGAGCCAAUAUGCCCAAGAUUGUCAUUGAAAGAUAUCAGUCUGGUCGAUAUGCUACAAAUCCGGCCGCAGAUGCUACAUAUCUUAAGGCUUUGCAGAUGACCGGCUCUGUUCCUGCCCCUGGCGCUGGAGUCGGGUCCGGGGCCAUGGCACAAGGUGGCGGAUUGAGCCCGGACAAGUUGCAAGCUGUUGGUCAAGCAGUUGCUGGCCAGAACUACGGUGGACAACUGAUCAUGCCUGGGAACAAGUCGGGUACUGGCGCUAAAGAGGCACCACUCUAUGUUGUGGUUGAAGAGUCGUGGGGAGCCACAAUCUUGAAGUGGGUCAAGACGUUCCUUUGGGUCGGUCUGGCGGGUUACUUCCUCCUAGUCGUUCUCACCAUGGUUGUGGAAUUCACCGGCAGCUUCCGUACCAGAGUUGGGCAGAACAACGAAGUUCAACCUCAACACCAGACUGUCCGUUUCAGCGAUGUGCAUGGCUGCGACGAAGCAAAGGAAGAGCUCCAAGAACUGGUCGAAUUCCUGAAGAACCCCGACAAAUUCAACCGACUCGGCGGCAAACUUCCCAAGGGUGUCCUGUUGGUCGGUCCUCCCGGUACCGGCAAGACUAUGCUUGCUCGCGCUGUUGCUGGUGAAGCGGGUGUUCCAGUAUUCUACAUGUCUGGGUCCGAAUUUGACGAGCUUUAUGUCGGCGUUGGCGCCAAACGUGUCCGAGAUCUGUUCUCUCAAGCGCGAAACAAGGCUCCUGCCAUCAUCUUCAUCGACGAACUUGAUGCAGUUGGUGGCAAGAGAAACGCUCGUGACCCGGCCUACGCCAAGCAGACGCUCAACCAACUGCUGACCGAACUGGAUGGUUUCAGCCCCAGUACUGGAGUUAUUCUAAUUGCUGCUACCAACUACCCGGAAUCUCUCGAUAAAGCACUUACUCGACCCGGCCGUUUCGAUCGUCAUGUCACCGUUCCGCUGCCGGAUGUCAGAGGCCGUAUCGAGAUCUUGAAGCACCAUAUGAGAAACAUGCCCAUUGCUGCCGAUGUUGACGCGACCAAUCUCGCUCGUGCCACCAGUGGCAUGUCUGGCGCCGAGCUGGAGAACCUUUGCAAUCAGGCCGCCGUUAACGCCUCUCGACUGAAGUACAAGAAGGUCAACGCUCAAAAUUUUGAGUGGGCCAAGGAUAAGAUUAUGAUGGGCGCCGAGAACAAGUCGAGAGUUAUUCGUGAAAAGGACAAGGUGAUGACGGCUUACCAUGAGGCCGGCCAUGCCCUGGUCAAUCUCUUCACCCCCGGCAGCAAGGAAUUGUACAAGAUGACCAUCAUCCCUCGCGGACAUGCUCUCGGCGUUACCCAUCAGUUACCGGAGAUGGAUGCUGUGAGCUACGCUUACGACCAAUUUCUCAGCGAUAUCGAUGUGGCAAUGGGCGGAAGAGCGGCAGAGGAAUUGGUCUACGGCCCAAACAAGGUGACAAGCGGUAUCACUUCGGAUGUUCAGCAAGCGACACGAACUGCUUAUCACCUCGUCACGCAGUGCGGCUUUUCGCCCAAGCUCGGCAAUGUCGACCUUCACUCAGACUACAACAACUUGUCAAGCGAGACCAAGCAGGAGAUUGAACGUGAAGUUCGCGAUAUUGUGGAGGCUGGAAGAGAGCGAGCGGACAAGAUUCUGAAAGACAAGCGCAAGGAAUUAGAGGCGUUGAAGGAUGCCCUUCUUGAAUUCGAAACGCUCGACCGGGAAGAGAUCAUGAAGAUCCUGCGCGGGGAAAAAUUGAAACGAUUGGAAGUCCAGCUUCAGGAAGAAGAGGAGAAGAAGGACAACAACGGUGGCCGAGGCAGCCCUCCACCGAAGAAGGAAAAGGAAGUCGGUACCAAAGGAGGUGUAGGGAUCAAGCUUCCUGAUGUGUUACUCCCGCCUAGUGGUCGAGGAGGGGAGAAGGAGAGUGCUCGAGUGUCGGACAGGUGACAUUGACGAGCUGGAUGGUUUCUUUUGUGCAGUAUUAGCGAGUACAAAACGACUCUCUUCUUGAGCAAAUGGCCUUCUUCCGGGACGCAUCUGUCGGGGUUGAGACAGCAUGGCAGGAUGGCAGGAUGGCAGGAUGUCUUGAUAUACUAUUAAAUUGAAUUGCAUGAAUAUUCGUUCUAUACAGAA